AUGGCUCUGGAUAGUGAACCCUCCGAAGAAUUUAGCUUCCCAAGGCUCGCUUCCCAAGAUUCUUCCCAAUUCUCCGGCAUCGAUUCACCUCCACUGUGGAAUCACUCGCCGGAGAAUUUACUCCGGGACGAUCACGACAGAGGUUUCGGGAGACUAAUCAUCGGAAAACACGAUGGUAAUGAUCAGACGAGGAGUUUCUCUUAUGCGGAGACGAGAAGUCUUUGGAGCGACAAAGCAGAGCAGAAAAUGGAUAUGUUGUGGGAAGAUCUCAACGAAGAGCUGCCGCCGAGAAGCCAGAGUCUUAGGAUCGAUCCCACCGUUGAUGGCGGAGAGAAGAAGUCGUCUUUGUUUACCGACGAGAGCUCGGCCGUGGCCGUGGGGUGCGGGAUGAAGUUGACGAAGAAGACGCCAACUAAGAAGAAGAUGAGUCCUAACGUGUUGGUGCUGAUGAGGAUCUUGAAGAAGCUUCUUGUUUUACGGAGUUCGACUCAGCGAUCGCCGGCGAAAACUCAUCCACGACUGAUGGGUGUGAUCGAUGUUCAGGGCGCUCCAUCGUUCUCCGUUCUACGAAAGUCGCGUGCUUUGAAGAAGAACAUCAGUAGGGUUUAUUGUGUUCAGGCGUCAAGUGCAGCUGUAGACGAACCCAAGAACAUAUCCAUGGGAGACUCUUUUAUCCGUCCACAUUUGAGGCAAUUGGCUGCUUAUCAGCCUAUUUUACCCUUUGAGGUGUUGUCUGCUCAAUUAGGAAGAAAGCCUGAGGAUAUUGUUAAGUUAGAUGCGAACGAGAACCCGUAUGGUCCUCCUCCAGAGGCAAGCAACAUGAAGUUCCCUUACGUCUAUCCUGACCCACAAAGUCGCAGACUUCGUGAUGCACUCGCUCUAGACUCUGGUCUCGACUCAGAAUUCAUCCUUGUUGGCUGUGGCGCUGACGAACUAAUCGAUUUGAUCAUGAGAUGUGUGCUGGAUCCUGGGGAGAAGAUCAUAGACUGUCCUCCGACUUUCUCAAUGUAUGUGUUUGAUGCUGCUGUGAAUGGAGCUGGUGUCAUUAAAGUUCCAAGGAACCCUGAUUUCAGCUUGAACGUGGACCGCAUCGCUGAAGUUGUAGAAUUAGAAAAACCCAAAUGCAUAUUCCUAACUUCUCCUAACAAUCCAGAUGGGAGUAUCAUCAACGAGGACGAUCUGUUGAAGAUUCUAGAGAUGCCAAUACUUGUUGUCCUAGAUGAGGCUUACAUCGAAUUCUCAGGAGUUGAAUCAAGGAUGAAAUGGGUGAAGAAGUAUGAAAACCUCAUCGUUCUCCGCACAUUUAGCAAACGAGCUGGUUUGGCCGGGCUUCGAGUUGGAUACGGAGCGUUUCCAUUGAGCAUAAUCGAGUACAUGUGGAGAGCAAAGCAACCAUAUAACGUCUCUGUUGCAGGGGAAGUAGCUGCUUUAGCAGCGCUUUCGAACGGGAAAUACUUGGAAGAUGUGAGAGACGCGUUGGUACGCGAAAGAGAGAGACUUUUCGAGCUUUUGAAACAAGUCCCUUUCUUGAAUCCUUACCCGAGCCACUCCAACUUCAUCCUCUGUGAGGUUACAUCUGGGAUGGACGCAAAGAAGCUGAAAGAGGAUUUGGCGAAAAUGGGUGUGAUGGUUCGUCAUUACAACAGCACAGAGCUCAAAGGUUAUGUCCGAGUUUCUGCUGGAAAGCCUGAACACACCGAUGCUCUCAUGGAUUGUCUCAAGCAGUUUUAUUGACUUUCCCACAUUUGCUUGAUAUUCUUGAAACAAACAAAAACAAAAAACUGAGAGAUUUUCUCCUCUGUUUUUGUUUGUUUUCACUUUGUUGGAUUCAAUGUUUCAGAUUUUCAGCAAAUGAGAUGUAUUUGCAAUAAGGGUGACCUUUCUUGUAUUGUACUUUGUGGUUUUAAUAAUAGGCCUAAGCCCAUUUGUUAAUGAAGCCCAUUGAAUCCAAACUGUUUGUUAAUUGUUAUUGUUUAAGUUCUAAACCCUUGUCCUCUCUC